UGGAAGGGUUAGAAAGAACAGAGGCUGCUUUUUCUCGCCUCAAGCUACCGGUCAUCAACACAUUCUGUGGAUUAAGGUCGAUAUUUCUUUCACUUUGGAUACUGAAUAUUAUUCUUGGGAAGUUUUUGAAUAAAGAAGCUGAGACACGAUACUUACAAAUCCACCUAGAGAGGAGCUACAACUUGGUGGGAGCGUCUAAUGUACUGAACGAAACGGAAGUAACUUGCCAGCUGUCUGGCCAAGCUCCGAGUUUUCCCUCUGCUCGUCCAGUGUCUGAAUGCCAACUCUGUGGGUGAUGGAGUUGAGCAGGCAACUCUGUGGGAAGAUGAGGAGAUCCAGUAAGAGGGUCCAACUGUCCUCCUCUCUUUCUUCCAUUCGUGGCUUGGAAAUCCACUUUUACACAGAGGACGUGCAACCCCUAGAGUAUUUCAAAGGUUCCUUCACCGCUUUGGAGCUUUGUGUGGAGGCUGCCAAAAAAUGCUCAAUCUCUCCCUUGUGCCAUAACCUGUAUGCCCUUUAUGAUGAGACAACUUGCACAUGGUACCCCCCCACCUUUGAGUUCAGCAUCACAGAUGAAACCAGUGUCAAGUUGCACUAUCGCAUGAGGUUUUAUUUCAGAAACUGGCAUGGCACCACUGAAGGAGAGUCUCCAGUUUGGAGGCACUGCAUAAGUAAACUCAAAGGAGGACUCAGCCCAAAGAAAACUCCAGAAGGAACCCCCUUACUGGACGCGGCCUCUCUCAACUACCUGUUUGACCAGGGCCAGCAUGACUUUGUGAAAGGCAUGGUUCCACUGAGGGUUUCUCACUCUGAGGCAGAGCAACACGAGAUAGAAAAUGAAUGUUUGGGCAUGGCUGUGCUUGCCAUCAGCUACUACAACAUGAGCACAGAUACGUCCUCGCCCCAUGCUUCCAAUGAAAUCAGCUACAAACGUUUCAUCCCGGAGUCGCUGAACUUCAACAUUAAGCGGCGCAACUUCCUAACGCGCAUCCGCAUCAACAACGUCUUUAAGAAAUUCCUCAGUGAAUUCAACCAGCGCACAAUGAAGGACAGCAACAUCACGUCAUACGACCUGAAGAUCAAGUACCUGGCCACGCUGGAGGGCCUGACCAGCGGCCUGGGCAGUGAGCUGCAGGAGCCCCUCACACUCUGUGUGACACAGGAAGGAGAUGUCUACAAUGGAGGGAACAAUGGGUAUUACCACCAAAGCCAAGGGCAGAGCCUGAGCCAGAACAAGAAGACGAGCCACGGCAUGCAGGUUCUGGUUACUGGAACCACUGGCAUUUCCUGGAGGAAGAAGCCUGCUACAGCACCUCUGAUCGUCAAAGAAAAGGGCAAGUUGAAGAAGAACAAGUUGGAUGAAAAUCAGAAAAAUGACGACUGGGUGGUGUUCUGUGACUUCCAUGAGAUCACACACACUGUGAUCAGAGACAAUCUAGUCACCAUCUACAGACAGGACAACAAGAGGAUGGAGUUGGAAAUGGCUUCUAAGGUGGAUGCUCUGUCCUUUGCAGCCCUUGUGGAUGGGUACUUCAGGCUGACAGUGGAUGCCCAUCACUUCCUGUGCAAGGAGGUGGCACCUGCUUCAGUGGUGCACAACAUCAACAAUGGCUGCCAUGGACCCAUCUGCACGGAGUACGCCAUCCAAAAGCUCCGUCAGGAGGGAAACGAGGAGGGCACCUACGUCCUGCGCUGGAGCUGCACUGACUACCAGUACAUCAUCAUCACUGUGGUCUGCACUGAGAUCGACCUGAGGGAGUCUCGUCCUGUGCGUCAGUAUAAGAACUUCCAGAUUGAGGUGUCCCCCACUGGUUUCCGCUUGUUCGGCACUGAGACGGUCCGGGCCACUCUGGUUGAGCUGCUGGAGCACCUGGAGGGCCAAAACCUUCGCACAGACAAUUUCCAGUUCCAGCUGCAGCGCUGUUGCCCUCCACAGCCUAGAGAGGUCUCUAACCUGCUGGUGGUAACCAAAGAAAGAGAGCCGGUCCUUCAGACUCCCAUGCAGGAGAGUCAGGUCAGCUUCCAUCGCAUUCUCAAGGAGGAGAUUAAACAGGAGGAGCACCUUGGCCGGGGCACAAGAACCAACAUCUACGCAGGCUCACUGAUGGUGAAAAGUAACGAGGAGGAUGAGGACAAUGCAGGGAACUCAUGCUCCCAGGAGGUGAAGGUGGUCCUGAAGGUGCUGGGUUCUGGACACAGGGACAUCUCACUGGCCUUCUUCGAAACAGCCAGCAUGAUGCGACAAGUGUCCCACAAACACAUGGUGCUGCUCUACGGAGUGUGUGUCCGCAACCAGGAGAAUAUCAUGGUUGAGGAGUUUGUCCAGCUAGGUCCUCUGGACUUGUUUAUGAGGAGACAGCAGAUCCCACUCAGCACACCGUGGAAGUUCCAGGUGGCCAAGCAGCUGGCCUCAGCUCUCAGCUACUUGGAGGACAAAAAGCUAGUCCAUGGCUUUGUGUGUGCUAAAAACAUCCUGUUGGCCAGAGACGGGCUGGACGCUGAUGAAGGAGGGCCCUUCAUUAAGCUCAGCGACCCAGGAAUACCAAUCACAGUACUCACCAGAGAGGAGUGUGUGCAUCGCAUUCCAUGGAUCGCUCCCGAGUGUGUGAACAGCAUGUCCUCCCUGAGCGUCCCGGCUGACAAGUGGGGCUUUGGUACCACCCUGUGGGAGAUCUGCUAUGAUGGAGAGGAACCCCUCAAAGACAAGAAAUUGACAGAGAAAGAGCGGUUCUAUGAAACCGAGUGCCAACUGGCCACCCCAGACUGCAAAGAGCUGGCUAUGCUGAUGACCCACUGCAUGAACUACGACCCCAAGAAGAGACCUUUCUUCAGGGCUAUCGUCAGAGACAUAGACAUGCUAGAAGAAACGGACCCAUUCAUCAAACCCCAGCCUACUCUACCGGUGGACCCAACUGUGUUUGAAAAGAGAUUCUUAACGAGGAUCAGAGAUCUGGGCGAGGGCCACUUUGGUAAAGUUGAGCUCUGUCGCUAUGAUCCUCGGGGAGAUAGGACAGGUGAGCUGGUGGCGGUGAAGUCCCUGAAGCCUGAAACCCGCGAAGAGCAGACCAACAACCUCUCGACGGAGAUUAACAUCCUGAAAGCGCUCUACCAUGAAAACAUUGUCAAAUACAAGGGCAUCUGCCAGGAGGAAGGUGGUCAGGCCAUUAAGCUGAUCAUGGAGUACCUUCCGCUGGGCAGUCUGAAGGAGUAUCUACCGCGAAACAAAAGCAGGACCAGCCUCAGCACCCUGCUCAGCUACUCUGUCCAGAUAUGCAAGGGAAUGGACUAUCUUGGAUCCCAAAACUACAUCCACCGGGACCUGGCUGCCCGAAAUGUGCUGGUGGAGAACGAGAGGACUGUGAAGAUCGGAGAUUUCGGCUUAACCAAAAGCAUCAAAGAAAACGAGGGAUAUUACACCGUCAAAGACGAAAACGACAGCCCUGUUUUCUGGUAUGCUCCAGAGUGUCUGACUCACUGCAAGUUCUACCUUGCUUCAGACGUCUGGUCCUUCGGGGUGACGAUGUAUGAGCUCAUCACCUACUGCGACUCCUCCAAGAGCCCGAUGACGCUUUUCCAUCGUAUGAUUGGAAAGAGUCAGGGACAGAUGACUAUCAUCCGCCUGGUGAAGGUGUUGGCAGAAGAGCAGAGGUUACCACGUCCUGAGAGCUGUCCUGAGCUUGUAUACGAGCUGAUGCGCAAGUGCUGGGAGAACAAGCCCGAGAGGAGAAUCACCUUCAAGCGCUUGGUGGAGGAGCUGACCAACAUGCAGCAGACUUUCCAAUCUCAAAACAACAUUUAAACCGCCUCAGGCACUUUGAGGCUCUGGAAGUGAAGUUCACUUUUGCCUGCAGACUCGGAACCAGAUGCUUUUGGCAAAACUGACCCCAGAUCUGCAUGUGUUGCUUCAUUUUACUGAAAGACAGUCCUUUAAGAAUCAGAGCUUCACCCACAUAAACCUUAGACAACCCUGAAAAAAACGUAUUUUCCCAUCUUUUAUUUUAGUUUACUAUGUUUGUAUUUCUCAUUUCUGUUUUUCCUCAUUUGAAUUAUUCUGGAUGAAAGAAAGUAAAUAUGGUUAGAAUAUGUAGCCUUAGCUCACGCUAAAUGUGCCGUUAUGUUUUACAAAAGGACUUCCAAGUGUAUCUCACGGAUUGAACUGUACGCGUCACCACAAAUUUCAAACUUGCUGCUCCUUUUAAUGUGCGCCGAAGGCCUUUAUAAUCGUGAGGACUUGAGGCUGGUGUGGCUCCUACUGAUGGACGCUUGGAAGAUGGAGGCCGUGCAGAGACUCAUGUUGUUUGGAUGGAUGGACACAGGCAUUAACACAGACACUGAUGGAUGUGUUUUUCUACUUUUUGUGCCAUUGCUGUUUGUCUCAUGGACUCCUGUCGGGAGAAAAUCCCAUCAUUUUUAUUUGUUUUAGUUAGAAAUCAGAGGGAUCUGUGACAGAUUUAUUUUAAUGGUGAGCAGAUGCAGUCUCUAAGAACUGGCUUAGAGUCAGCCAUUUCUGCUUUUAUUAGUUUCAUGCUGUCAAGCAAUUUGGAGAUAUCUUGCAUUCUGAAAAGCAUUUUUCCUUAUUUUCACACACAUUAGACAAAUGAAGCAAGGAAUUAUUCCACAGAUCACUAGAUAUUCAUUUUUUAAAUAAUCUUACCCAAAAGGGGCCAGACACAUGAGAGCACUUUCUAUGGAAAAGAGCUGCAUCUGCAAACAAGCAGGAAAUCUAAUUAUGUCUCAUUUUGGUUUCUUCAAAUCAGCAGACAUCACAUCUUUUGCACCGCAUUAUGGUCCUCUGAUAGAUGGAGGUAGUUCAGUUUUUAUUCUUUCUGUUCUAAAUGUAAAUGUUAAUUGAACUCUCGACUCUUAAAAUAAGCACCUGUGAGAGACACUUGAGGGCAGUAUCACCUCAGUUCACUACUCUCUACUGUUUGUGUAGCUUUCAAAAAUAUAUAUUAUCAAAUGUCUAUAUACUAUACAGAAUAUUGCAAAAAAAUAUGCCAUGGAUAGGAUUGUAUAUGGAAGGAUGGUACACAGUUUUAAGAGAGAAAAAUUGAUCAUGGAUUUUUCACAUGGCAUUUUAUGUUCAGCAAAUUAUAUUUUUUCUUUUUGUGACUUUCAUAAUUAUGUAUGUGUCAUUUCUAUCCAAUAUGCCAGAAUAUUCAUAAAACACUUAUUUUAUCUGCGAGUUUGUGAAAUGGUAUGAGCAGAGAGCUUUUUUUCUGUUUCGACGUUAGCUGAUUUAUGUCACUCAGACGUUCAAGAAAUGGUCAGUUAAGUUGCUUUACUGUGAAUGUUGGAAUCAAGUGUGGAACAACUGUUAAAAACAUAGACACAAUUUUGCUUCAGUCCACAUUUUAUUUAGGAAUGUAAAAGACAAUUCCUUCUGCUCAAAAUAAGAAAAAGAAAUAUAUUUUUCAGAAAAUAAGACGAAAAUAUGAAUAUGGAAAGUAAAAGUAUCCAUAAAUACACAAUGAAAAAAUAAAUAAAAUCAAUGUU